CCUCCUCCUUUUUUUUCUGGCAAUAAUCAGAUGGGGAGGUUAGGAGGACUCGUGGUGGUUGGUGACAAGACGUUUCAUGGAUUGUCCGGGGAUUUCACACUUGGCUCCUUGCCUUGGGGUGGCUGUGUGAUUAAACCCUGGCUGUCACAGCUCUUGUGCUCAGCGAUUGGCUGAGAUGCUCUGAUGUCACAGGAGGCUCAAGAAUACUCCAUUAUCUUGCUAAGGGGGGAAAGGUAAUGAUUGGUGACAGGCAUUUCCAGCUGUGGCUGGUGGGCUGCUGCAUCACAUGUAAAUGGUAGACGGAUCCAUCAGAAUUUGGUUCCCGUACUGGCUUCUCCAUAAUGCCAUUUUAGAAGACGCAUUGGGCUGCCAUAACUGGAUCUGAACCGUUCUCUAGAUUUCUCCUUUCCUCUACCGGGUCAUGCAAGAUCAAGAUGCAGGUUGCCACCUGGCGUGCCUACCUCACUUAAGGGGGACCUUCUUCUGCAGGGCUCCAUGGAUUGCCCCAACCUGGACUUUGAGUACGGAGAUGCUGACAGCCACGCUGCUGAACUGGCAGAGCUGUACAGCUACACCGAGGGACCCGAGUUUGCCCUGAACAGGAAGUGCUUUGAGGAGGAUUUCCAAAUUCAAGCAAAGGGCAAGCGGUGGUCGGAGUUGGACCUGACUCAGCAGAAGACCUACGUGAUGCGGUUAUUGGACGGGCUGGAGGUGGUCAGCCGGGACCGAAGGCUGAAAGUGGCGCGUGCCGUUCUCUACUUGGCCCAAGGUGUCUUUGGAGAGUGUGGCACGGACGCGGAAGUCCUCUACUGGGCUCGGCACAACAACUUCUUGCUGUACCAAAUGGGGACAUUCACAGCCUUUCUGGAACUGCUCAACAUGGAAGUGGCCAACAGUGAGGCACGCAGCAGUGCCCUGAGGAAGCCGGCUAUAUCUCUGGCUGAUAGCACCGAACUCAGGGUGAUAUUGAGCGUCAUGUACCUGAUGGUGGAAAACGUCCGGGUGGAAAUGGAGACUGACUCACCGAAGUGGACAGCGUCCCGAGAGAUGUUCAGGGCUGAGCUUAGUUAUCCGAUCCACAGUGAAGAACCGUUUGGACUCUUGCUUUUCACGAUGGUGACCAAAUUCUGCAGCGAGCACUCUCCCCAUUUCCCCAUGAAGAAGGUCCUCCUUUUGCUCUGGAAGGUCCUUGUGUUCACUCUGGGCGGCUUUGAUACCCUCCAAGCGAUGAAGGUGAAGAAGCGUCAGGAGCUGGGUCUGCCACCCUUGCCAGAAGACAGCAUCCAGGUCAUGCGGAACAUGCGGGCUGCCUCUCCUCCAGCCUACACCACUGAGUUGGUCGAACAGCAGCAGCAGCAGCAGCAGAAACGGGGACAUCGGAGUAGGAGGCCUCUGAUGAAGCAAGACAGCCUAGAUAUUUACAAUGAGAGGGACCCGUUCAAGAAUGAUGAGGCCGUGGUGGAUGAGGAGGAGGCCGAUGACAUUGAUAGUGGGAUUGAAGGGGAACUGGACCUCUUGGAAAGGGGCGCUAUCAUCCAGGCUGUGUCAGUUCCAUGCCCACCUGCUGAGAAGGUCUCCUUCCCAAAGGGCCUUCCGUGGGCCCCCAAAGUCAGACAGAAGGACAUAGAACAUUUCCUGGAGGCGAGCAGAAACAAAUUCAUCGGAUUCACACUUGGGCAAGACACGGAUACCUUAGUAGGCUUACCGUGCCCGAUCCAUGAAAGUGUGAAGACUCUAAAAGAGCACAAAUAUGUCUCAGUCUCCGAAGUGCAGAUCAAGAAUGAGGAAGAAAUGGAAAAGUGUCCCAUAUCUUUGGGGGAAGAGGAAGUGCAGGAGACACCCUGUGAAAUACUCUAUCGGGCAAUGUUAUAUAACUUGCCACAGUACAUGAUAGCUCUGCUAAAGAUUCUGCUAGCUGCAGCUCCAACCUCAAAAGCCAAGACUGACUCAAUCAACAUCCUGGCAGACGUGUUACCUGAGGAAAUGCCUGUCACUGUCCUCCAGAGCAUGAAGCUGGGGAUUGAUGUGAACAGGCACAAAGAGAUCAUUGUCAAAAGCAUCUCUGCCUUGCUGCUGCUGCUCCUGAAGCAUUUCAAGCUGAAUCACAUUUAUCAGUUUGAGUAUGUCUCGCAGCAUCUGGUCUUUGCCAACUGCAUCCCGUUGAUACUGAAGUUCUUCAACCAGAAUAUCAUGUCCUACAUCACUGCCAAAAACAGCAUAUCUGCCUUGGAUUAUCCCGCCAGCACCAUCCAUGAGCUACCAGAACUAAAUGCUGAAAGCCUCGAGAUGGGAGACAAUAACCAGUUCUGUUGGAGAAAUCUCUUCUCUUGCAUCAACCUUCUGAGGAUUCUCAACAAAUUGACCAAGUGGAAACAUUCUAGGACAAUGAUGCUUGUGGUCUUUAAGUCUGCUCCCAUCCUGAAACGUGCUUUGAAGGUGAAGCAAGCUAUGAUGCAGCUCUAUGUCCUGAAGUUGCUGAAGAUCCAGACCAAGUAUCUUGGACGCCAGUGGAGGAAGAGCAACAUGAAAACCAUGUCUGCCAUCUAUCAGAAAGUGCGUCACCGCAUGAAUGAUGACUGGGCAUAUGGCAAUGAUAUUGAUGCUCGACCCUGGGACUUCCAAGCGGAAGAAUGCAGUUUACGAGCCCAUAUCGAAGCCUUCAAUAGCCGGAGGUAUGAUAAGCCACAGGAUUCUGAAUUUUCUCCAGUAGACAACUGCCUUCAGAGCGUGUUAGGACAGCAGCUAGAACUUCCUGAAGAUUUCUAUUACUCAUAUGAACUAUGGCUAGAGAGAGAAGUGUUUUCCCAGCCCAUUCACUGGGAAGAACUGUUGUGUUUCCAGUGAUGACACUGGGAAUAGGACUUGAACUCAGUGUUUCAGACAAUAGGUGCUAUGUCUGGGGGAAAAGAGGAGAUUCUUUUAUCUGUGGACGUCCUUCUGCAAUGAGUUAACUGUUAGAGGUUGUAGAUAAAAUGCUCUCAGCUUUGCUAGAAUCUUCUCCUUUCCCCUCAGUGUUUCAAUCGACUGUAAAUCAGCCUGUAAGCAAAGAGGAAGCUCCAUAUUCCAAUCCUUUUCCUUGAUCACUCUUACAUGAUAUAUAUUUAAAGAUCCUGUAAUGGUAGAUUUCCUUCCAUGCUGGCUUUUGGUGAAGGGGUUAUUACACAUCAUAUAUGUCCAAGAUUUGGGUCACUUCUAUGAGCAUUAUCUAUGAGUAGAUACCUGGGCAAACGUAUACCUUUAAGACCUGUGGCAUCACAAGUCACUUCUUUCAUUAGAUACAAUCUAUUGCUGAUUCCAUCAAACAACACGUUUCAGCUAAAUAUGCCCCAACUGUAUCUCAGGUAUCUGUAACUACCCAUGAGGAUGAGUCUCUAACUAGAAAACAGUAUUCAUAGAAGUAUUUGAGGAUGUAAUGAUGAAUUAGGGGCGUUUGCAAAUCUCUAGUAUAAACACUUCACUGUGCAGUUUUCUUCAUCUUGUAUUCGUGAUUCCCCCGUGUAUAUUAGAAGAAUAUUUCCCAACCAUUGCAGCCCUGCACCAAGCUACUUUCAUGCUUGCAGAAGGUUUGAAUCAUUUUUGAAGCAUGUCAGCCCUAUUGCUUGCUUGUUCACAUUUAAGGAGUAUUUUGCACAUCCCAAGACCUGCCCUCUACCGGUGAUAUGUGGGCUCCCUGAUGGAGUAUUUCAUGCUCUGUGUGUGUCUUCAUGCAACAAACACAGCUAGCAAGAGGGAGCAGAAGGGUGAUGUGCCAAGCAAAGUCUAUGAGUACAAGACAAGAGCUAAACAUGCAUGUAUUCUGAAAUGUUUGAAUGUAUAGCUACAUGUGGUUAUUUAUGUGUAAGAGACACCUUUAUUGGCAGGAUUUGUAACAUGGCAGAGUCUUUUCUGUAAAACACAAGGAAGAGGAUUUUAUUUCUCCCUUUUUUCAUUCCAGCCCAUCAGCAAGCGCAUUUGUCAAAACGCCUGGACGUGUUUUCCAGGCUGACUCUCGCAGGCACAAAAAGACUCUCACAUAGUAUAUCAUAUCUAAAGAAACACGCAAAUGCAGUGAAUAUAUUUACCAACCUGGCAGAUACGUGGACUUAAAAUUUCAGGAAUUGGUUCACAGUUCACUGAAAUGACUGCAAACCAAAUGUGUAUUUUAUCCACUCUGUGAUAGUGUCUGCACAGUUUAAAGGCAAAUAAAAAUCUAGCAUCAUUUUGUUUGAAAUCCUAUUGCAGAGCAUACAUUUCUUUGGGGAACAAAUUACUUUUACCUUGUUUGGAAAUGAGCUCCAUGAUUCUUUAAAAAAUUGUAGCAGCAUGUGAAAUAUUUACUACACGGUACUGCACAAUACUCGUGUUUAUAGUUGCCUAUCAGAUCCCCCAAUACAGGUGUUCUCUUUAUUCCUGUGGAGUGAGAAUGUUUAUUUCCUAAUGCAAGUUGCGUUCACAAAUUAUUUUUGAAGGAAAUGCAAUAUUACUCCAGUCUACUUUCUAAGCACAAGGUGGAACCAAGAAUAAAAUCUAUUCUUAAAAUUUUUUAUUCUUCAGAUUAUUUAAAUAUAUUUAAACAUUUGUUACACACACACACACAUACACGCAUAGACGCAUGAAAAAAUAACACCAGUGUUUUCAUAGUAAAAAUGGGAGAGCAUUUUAAGCUUCAGUAAGAGCUUCCUAGACAAGUUUGAAAUGUUGGAUGAAUUUACUGUGAAACAUGCAAAUGAAUCUAAAGCAGGGACAUGUUCUGUAGUGAAUACUGUAAAGCAGUAGCCUCAAGAGUAAG